AUGGCUACAGUCGUGGUUCAGCAGCAGACGCUGCGACAUUCGACUCCUCCCCCCUCUGGCAUAUCCCCUGCCCUGAGCCUCAACAGAACGACCACCCCGAUUCCAAACAAGCAUCUUCCCGUCUGCCCGACAGGCCCUUCUCCCAUCAUCUCUCACUCAGCACCACCCGUCACCAAACAUAACAGUGACGACCAAGUCUCGUCGCUUCUUUAUCCACCAGAUGGCUUCUUCCGGCUGUCAAAAGCCCCUCCGGUGUAUUCCAUAGAUGCUGUUUCGAUGGGGGCUGCUAUUGACUACUGGUCUUCCCAACCUUUGCCUGACCCCAAGCGAAUGUUUCCUUGGAUCCAUGGACUUCACCCCGAAAACAACCUCCAGGUUGGCUUCUUUACGAAUCGCAAGCGUUCCCUCCGACGAACCCCCAGAUGCUGGAGAGGAAUUACCAUAGUUAAAGUGGGAGGCGAUUUGAGUAGAGCCAGGAUCAAAGGUGCCGUCGCCCCGGAGGAGGUUCUGGCACCGUCAGGAUUGGAGUUUAUCGCAGCCGAUCCUCGCGAAGGAUUCUCUGUUCGCAACUUUCAAAUUCAGACUGCAAAGAUGGCCACCUUGUCGGAUAUCAUCGUCUACGGCGAAGACGGUGCCAGCCACAGAGACCUGCUAGACAUUGCUGGAAGACUUGCAAUUGCCCAACAUGAUUGGAGGAUUAAGAAUGACCCCGAACGGGCAAACCCAGUCUAUAAUACUUUCAUUCUGUCCAGCCCAUUUCGUGAAGUUGAGAUAAAGUGCCCCAGUAUCGUCGCGGUGGAUUCUCUUGGCCAGAUUACGGGACAAGUCGUUGAUUUCUUUCAAUGGGAGCGCCUGGAGAUGUGCGAGAUGUCCCGAGCUUCACAGAUCUCAAACAACGUCUGGCAAGGCCCAACGCCGGAUUACUUGCUACGGGGAGGACCAAUUGAAAGUUCAUACCACCAGAAGUUCGACUUGCUGAUCGAGACGAGUGACCUUGCAAAUAUCCCGGGCCCUCGCCUUCUGGCGAAGCUCAACAGACAACUAGAUGACGGGCCCCAACGCCUAGAAUUCCCCUCCUCCGGUUCGGUUGUUUUGCCUUCCGGCGAGACUAGAGAAGUCGAUGAUCUCGUGAGCACAGUUCGAUGGAUUUAUUACCUGGCCAAUCCGGAAGGGGCGGACAGCGAUGGUGAUAUUUCUAUGGCAGCCGUCGCGAAAAAGCCUCGCAAGAUCCUCAUCCACUGCCCAGACGGGUAUACUGAAAGCUCGCUGUUGACCAUCGCAUAUUUCAUGUUUGCCCAAGGGGUACCGGCCCACGAAGCCUGGUUGAGACUUCACUGCGAAAAGGAGCGUAAUUUCUUUGCCUAUCCAUCUGACGUUGCCUUCCUCAGCAGCGUCCAAGGGCGGCUUCUCCAAGAAAGCCCUGCAUCGCAGUCCCUAAACUUUUCACACCUUCCUGAUCCUGAUUGGUUCAAGUACUGCGAUGGAUCUCUUCCCAGCCGAAUCUUGCCUUACAUGUACCUCGGAAACUUGAACCAUGCUAAUAACCCGGAACUGCUUCGGGAGCUUGGUAUCAAGCGUAUUCUGAGCAUUGGCGAAUCGAUUUCAUGGAAUGAGUCAGAGCUCGCCAAACUGGGACCCGACAAUUUGGUACAUGUUACUCAGGUUCAAGAUAAUGGCAUCGACCCCUUGACCCAAGAAUUUGACCGCUGUCUGGACUUCAUCCGCAAGGGAAAGACUGAUGGUGGUGCUACUUUGGUUCACUGUCGUGUUGGAGUGUCAAGAUCAGCUACGAUCUGUAUUGCUGAAGUUAUGGCAUCCCUAGGCCUUUCUUUUCCACGGGCAUACUGCUUUGUGCGAGCAAGAAGACUUAAUGUGAUCAUUCAACCUCAUCUCCGAUUUGUAUACGAGCUUCUCAAAUGGGAAGAGCUGCAACUGCAGAACCACAACAGACCUCUCAAAAGGGAACUUGAAUGGGCUACAGUGGCUCGUGAAAUUGCAUUGAUGAACAAACCCUACUCUAGAUAG